CGACAAUAGCAGGUAAAAGAAAGCGUCACCAAUCCUCCAACGCACUUUCUUCUCCCAAGUACCCCGAACGCCAAAACUCAAGCCACGUCGUGAAAAGUUACGCCAUUCUGUCCCAAGACACCGUCUACUCGCCGACAAUGUAUCCUCCCCCUUCUCAUCGUCCGACCAAUCCGGUGCCUGGCUAUCACUCUGUUACAGCCUACAAAAUACCCAUGGAUCAAGCAGACGCAAUUGUGAAGACCUGUUCCUACCAUAUGAAUGAUUUCGAUCGCGCAGUCAUAUGGUUUCCAUCCGGCACUCACUCUGGUGCGGCACCUGUCCCCCUAGUCUCACGCGAAUGCUUGUCGCCUUUGGGAGACCUUGACAAGCUUCCUCUGGAACUCAUCCAAUGUAUAUGCCUCCAACUCGACAUGCUUUCGUUAUUCCACUUGCGUCAGACCAGUUCUCGUGCCAGGCAGGUAAUCAACGCCUUGCAUGAGUAUAAGGUGACGGCCACACAUGCUCUCGAUGCGUUCUGUGCGCUAUUAUGGACGCGUUCUGCUUCGCGCGUAACGGUAUCCGAAUUCUACAAGCUUCUAUGCACGGCGAACUGCUCAAUUUGUCGUGGUCAAUAUGGUAAUCUGGUUUUCCUUCCAACUUGGAUACGUUGUUGCUCAAGAUGCUUGUGGUAUAAUGCUCCUCAGCUCCGCGUGGCAUCUGUGACAUAUGUCAAACGCACGUUGGAACUUUCGAAGAAGUCGCUCGCAAAUUUACCGACAGUAACAUUACUGCCUCUUCCGGCAAUCUAUCCUAUGGAGAAACGCCCCUCGGCAACCAUCGUCUCUACAUACUCAGCUGCCCUGGAAUAUGUCGCGAAAAACAGUGGCAGUACAUCGAUCGAGGAGGCCUUGGACAAGCUCUUUGAUAGCUCCCACAUACGCUACAUGGCAUGCUGUGCCUUACCAACCUAUGAUCCACAAUCUCUUCAAGUCGAAUACGGCGUAUCUUGCGCUGGCUGUCAGCUUGCCUUGGAAUGCGAUAUUAUCACGGGUGAAUUGGGGGCCGAUGUACGAGAUAUGGUGUAUUCGCGUGAGGGUUUCUUGAAGCACUUCAUAUGGUGUGAAAAAGCCCAGCUUCUGUGGACUGAGAGCGUCAAUGGGGCAGUGGAACCCAAGAGCAUGCCAGCGGUCUGCAAAGAAGGAUCACAUUUGUUGUGGAGGGGAAAGCGAAGGGGGUAAACCAUCCACGUGGUCAGCACGUACCUGGCAUGGGAAGGACUGAAAGAUCGUGGCUGGACGGAACAACCGAUGGCUUUGUUUUUGAAGGUGGCCUGCUGGCGCAAGAUUGCUCUCUCUCCAGGCUUUUGGGGUAUGUCUAUGAAUAGGGGCGUGUGAUUGGCUUUUUGCUCCAAAGACUCGACAACGAGAGCGCGCAUUUGGCGAACACACAGGAAAGGGUGAGAACCCUUUGACACAAACAGCUACCGACGCGGCAGAUACAAUGUUACCCGACAUACCUUUUUUGUUGGAGAAGACGCGUCAAACUUAUUGUCUUCCAGC